GCUCGGCGAAGCACGAGGGGCGCCGGAGGGAUCCUCGCACCACGGCGCCCGGUACACUUAAGACGGCCCUGGCUGGGAUUCCUAUCUGUUACCAGCUAUUUGGUGGGAUUGCAAGUUACUGAUUGGCACAAUUCCAUUUUGCUGCUUUGGACAUACAGUGGUACCUUGAUUCUCAAACUUAAUCCGUUCCGGAAAUCCGUUCCAAAACCAAAGCAUUCCAGAACCAAGACACGUUUUCCCAUAGAAGGUAAUGUAAAACAGAUUAAUCCAUUCCAGACUUUUAACAACAACCCCUAAAACAGCAAUUUAACAUGAAUUUUACUAUCUAACACGGCCAUCAAUCCAUAAAAUGAAAGCAAUAAUCAAUGUACUGUACUAUAAAAUAAAUAAGACUGUAUUGUACUGUAGAUGAUGAAUUUAAAACUAAUUUUCCCCCCCUUACCUGCACUGAUGAUAGUCAUUGUUUGGAUGGGGGGUGUGGCGUUUCACCUCUAGGGGUCUAGCAAGAGUUAAGUUGCAGGGAGGUAGAUAGCCAAUGGGAGCUCUCCAGGCAUAGGCAGGGAUAUAUAAGGAGAAGCAGUCAGUCAUAAGGGGAGUUGAGUUGAGGGAGUUGAUGAGAGAGGUGGAGAGGAUUUUGAGAUAGAGAGAGGGUUAGAGAAGCUAGUGAGGUGAGCUGUGGUGCAGAAUCUGUAAGAGUAAUAAGAAGGGAACUUCAGUCAGGGAGGAACAGGGGGAGAACUAAUACUAAAGGUUAAGUUAAGUAAACAUAUUUGAGAAACCGUGAAUAAUUUUUUAUGCUUGUAAGAUCUUCACCUAAAUAAACUUAAUUGUUUUGUUCACUGUUCAUCUGACUGGAUUCCAAUCAAUUGUGUACCAGUACACAGAUUUACUGGUUGCUAGCAGCAAGGGGAAGAAAUAGGCGAGGGAGGUAUUGGGUCAAUAGACCGUCAAACGGCCGGGGACCCUUUACCGGUGUAUCUCGCCACAGGGGGCUUUUAUCCAUUUCCGCAGUCACACAAUCAAGCAAUCAGUAGCUGAACUGGGUUCCACACAGUCACAAAAACAUAUUAUCCGAAAAAGCCGCAAAAACAAAAAUGCAAAAUAAAUAGCAAAGACAAAAGCGCCAAACUUAAUCUGUUCCAGAAGUCCGUUUGACUUCCAAAAUGUUUGAAAACCAAGGCGCAGAUUCUAAUUGGUGCAGGUGCUUCAGAAACAAUAGCCGACAGCCACAUCGGACGUUCGGCUUCCGAAAAGCAUUCGAAAACCGGAACACUUAUUUCUGGGUUUUCAGCAUUUGAAAACCAAGGCAUUUGAGAACCAAGGUUCUCUGUACAUGAUAUUCUUGGGUGGGAAGUCCCAGGCCGGAAGAAACCAGCUCUGUCAAGGCAACCUCCUUCUUGAAAGGCUUGUGAUUAGGAUAAAUUGCUGACUUCUGGCCCAAGGAGAAGCUAAAGUCGCCACAAAACUUACCCGGCCAAGCCAUAGUCACUGGCAGUCAUCCCUAACAACUAAGCCAUAGAAUAAUAGAAUUGUAAAGUUGAAAAAGACCCCAAGGGUCAUGUAGUCCAACCCCCUGCAAUGCAGGUAUAACCGUAUAAGUUUGAGGGGUUUACAUAACCCCCACAACAAAUCCACCUUUGUUUCUAGCUCACAGUUUCUAGCUCACAGUCAACUCAAGGUCAGAUUGAAAGAUUUAUUAAUGGGAGGGAAGAGGUGGCCUUUCAAAGUUAGAAUGGUCAACAUUUGCUUGCAAAGGUGUGCCUGUACCUUUUAGUAACUGUACAGCAGGGAGACAUAGCUCGCCCAUCUGUCAUUACAUCAAUGCAACAAUAGUUUAAAAAAGAAAGAGUUUGCUGACCCCACUCCCUCCUUCUCUGUACACGUAUUCAGUGCACUGGACAGGUACAGCGCUAAGAAGCAGGAAAUUGCUCGUCUAGAAAUAAUUAUAAAGCCACGGGGCUUUUGCGUUGACUUUCCGUGGCCAGUUCUGUAACCAGCUCUGUUGUGUAUUGAGUCAAAGGAUUUUAUAUCUGUAUUAUUAUUGUCUGUAUUUGCAUUAGGAUAAAGUAACUGCCUUUUGGUUCCAGAGAGUACAGCUACUAUUGGUUCAUUUAAGCUGCUGUAUUUGGAUCCACUGUCUUAUUGGUUUCCUCCAAAAGGCAGCACUGUGAUUGCUUGAUAUUGUUCCCUCCAAAAUGUAUCCCUUCCUAGCUAGUCCCCUGUCCCUAUAAAUGUAGCUUUCCUCUCCUCAGUCUUCAGUCUUGUUCACUUUAAUAAAGAGCUGUUACUAGAGAACUGUCUCCAGCAUGUUAUGUCAAGAGAGCUGAAAUCACAAACCCCACGUCACAACAACUGGCGACGAAGGUGGGAUCCGGAAUGCUGAGGAGCGGUUAAACACAGCCCUGCCUCAGAGUCCGGAUUGCAGCUUAGAACAAGACUCACUGGCCAGCUGAGAAGACGACCCUGCCCGCUAGGACAAUGGAGAGUCCAAGGGUAUUGGAGCCCUUCCAGCCAUCAGAGCCCCACACAUGGGAAGACUACGUCGAACGCUUCGAGUUCUUUGCAGUGGCUCAAGGGAUCACCGAUGCCAGCAAAAGAAGGGCCACAUUCCUGAGCUACUGUGGGCCCGAGACCUUCAAGCUGGCCAAGGCAUUACUUGCUCCAGCGAAGCUGAGUGAGACAUCUCUCAAAGAUAUUCUUGCCUGCCUAACAAGCCACUUGGCGCCUACUGAGACCAAGAUGGCCCGGCGGAUGGAGUUCCAUAAGAGGCAGCAGCAUGCUGGGGAGUCUGUAUCCACAUUUCUGGCUGAACUCCGGAAGCUCGCUCAGCACUGCGGCUUCCAAAAUCUGGAAGAGACUCUCCUGGAUCGGUUUAUUGGUGGUCUGAGCAGCAAGAAAGCCAGAAGACGCAUCGUGGCUAAAGAAGAGGUUACCCUUGCUUCAGCCUUGAAGGAGGCCACCGCCACGGAGAAUUAUGAAAGAGAGGAGCUUGAUGCCAGUCGCAAGGCCACUAAGCCACAGAUAGAAGUUGCGCAUGCCAUGGACGAGCUAGAGGCUACUCCGAGCCAGAGCCCAGUCCGUGGGGUCGAGUUGGUGCGUCAGGCCUGCACAGUGCACAAAGAUCGCCGAGGCAGUUGCCCAGGUUGUGGCGGAAACCAUGAGCGGAAGAGUUGUCGUUUCAGGGAUGCUAUGUGCCGGACGUGCGGAAAGACGGGUCACAUCGCCAGGGUCUGUAGAUCGGCGGCGUCGGGAGCAACAGGAGCACCUAGACUGGAGCAUCGCAGACCGCCCACAGCAACUCGUUUUCUAAAGGACUGCCACUACGUAACGGAGAUCAACGGGAGGGCCGUGCAGUUUCCAGCGCAAGGCAAGGCACACGUCAAGGUGAAGAUUGAGGGUCAGCAGUGCGACAUGGAGGUGGACUCCGGAUCUGCAUUCACCAUCGUGUCGGACCAGACCGCGAAGACAUUCUUCCCCAGGGGUAAGUUGCCCCCUCUGGAGCCCUUCCCGGCAACCUUGCAGUCGUACUCAGCAGGCCGCAUCCAUGUUAUGGGAAUGUGUGCCGUGAGAGUACAGUUCCGGGACAAACAGGCUGUACUCAAACUGGUGAUUGCGAAGGGCAGUCGCCCCAGUCUCCUGGGCACUGACUGGUUCCCCGCCCUGGGACUGAGUAUCUCAGGGCUUAAUUCAAUCCAAACCUGCCCUGAGAUGAGCGAGGCAUUAUGCAAGGAAUUUGCUGGUCUCUUUAAUGGAAAACUGGGUUGUUAUAAAGGGCCCCCAGUUGACUUCGAGUUGGACCCCGGUGUGGCCCCAAUCCGACUCAAACCAAGGCGAGUGCCAUUUGCACUGCAACCCAAGAUCGAGGCAGAGCUGGAUAAAUUGGUCAAGCAGGGAGUUCUCUCACCCGUGGACUCUGCUAAGUGGGAGACUCCAAUCGUCACGCCCCUUAAAGCAAAUGGGGAAGUCAGGAUAUGUGCAGAUUACAAAUGUACUAUCAAUAAGGCACUCAGGGGAAACUCAUACCCCAUUCCAGUCGUAUCACAUCUGUUGGCUAAACUGGCUGGGGGCAAGGUGUUCGCCAAAAUUGACCUGGCACAAGCUUACCAACAGCUGCCAGUAACCCCACAAUCAGCGGAAGCACAGACUAUUGUCACACAUAAAGGGGCGUUCAGAGUUAACAGAUUACAGUUCGGAGUUUGUGUGGCCCCAGGGAUUUUUCAAGGGCUCAUGGAACGCCUGUUAAGAGGUCUGCCGGGGGUCUUGCCAUUUUUUGAUGACGUUUUGAUUGCUGGAAAAGACCCACAGGAACUGGUUGCGCGUGUCCGUGCAGUGUUGCUCAAGUUCAAGGAGGUGGGGUUGCAACUGAAAAAGGAAAAAUGCAGUUUUGGGGUGCCAACGGUGGAUUUCUUGGGGUUUAAAAUUGAUGCAUCAGGCAUCCACCCCACAGAUGCUAAGAUUAAGGCCAUCAUCGAGGCACCACGACCACAGAACAAGACGGAGUUGCAGUCAUUCCUGGGACUUAUUAACUUUUAUCAUUCGUUCUUACCCCAGAAAGCUUCGGUAGCUGAACCAUUACAUAGACUAUUGCAGAAAAAGAAUGUGUGGCGAUGGGGGCGGGAGCAGCAGAAGGCUUUUGACUCCUUGCGAGGAAUGCUGAGUAGCAGGAGCGUCCUUGCUCAUUAUGAUGAGUCAAAGCCGCUGGUCCUGGCAUGUGAUGCCUCUCAAUACGGUCUGGGGGCUGUGCUGAGUCAUAGGGAACCGGAUGGGUCGGAAAAGCCCAUCUCUUUCUAUUCCCGUACGUUGUCGCCCACGGAGCGCAACUAUGCUCAAAUUGAUAAAGAGGCACUGGCUAUUGUGUCCGGAAUCAAAAGGUUCUAUGAUUAUUUGUACGGUCGCCAUUUCUCCAUUGAAACGGACCACAAACCACUGUUAGGGUUGUUCAACCCAAACAAACAAACGCCACAAAUUCUCUCCCCCAGAAUGUUGCGUUGGUCAAUAUUCCUGAAUGGGUUCCAGUACACCUUGACCCAUGUGCCGGGGAAACAGUUGUGCCAUGCUGAUGCGCUGAGUCGAUUGCCCCUUCCUGGCGGGAGCAAUGAGGAUCCUGCUCCGGCGGAGCACAUUAUGAUGCUAGAAACACUUCCGGGGGCUCCUGUAACAGCUACGGAUAUAGCUGAGAAAACUAGGAAAGAUGCUGUUCUCUCCCGUGUGCUCACUUGGGUGGGGAGGGGGUGGCCAGGUGGUCCGCAUGAAGAAAAAUUCAGGCCUUAUGCGACAAGGCAGCACGAAUUGUCCAUGCAUAAGGGUUGUCUCCUAUGGGGAGAUAGGGUGAUCAUCCCAGCACCACUGAGAAACAGGGUUCUUGAGACGCUUCACAUGGGACACCCGGGAAUGGUCAGGAUGAAGUCGCUAGCCCGAUGUUAUGUGUGGUGGCCUGGAAUGGACCAGAACAUAGAACAAUGGGUACGAACAUGCAAGGCAUGCCAAGAGGUGCGGCCAGAAGUGGCCAGAGCACCAGUCCACUGGUGGGAGCAGUCCAGGACUCCCUGGAGCCGGCUGCACAUAGAUUUUGCUGGGCCAUUCCAAGGGAAGGUCUUUUUGGUUAUCGUUGAUGCAUAUUCCAAAUGGUUAGAAGUGGCGAUGGUCCCUAGCAUGGCAUCAGCUGCCGUAAUCAAGGUGUUGAGGCAGCUGUUUGCUACCCACGGGUUACCUGAGACCAUUGUAUCAGAUAAUGGGGCAGCUUUUGUAUCCCAAGAAUUCAGGGCAUUCUUGGCUGAUAACUUUAUAAGAGGGGUCACAUCCGCGCCCUUUCACCCAUCCUCCAAUGGGCAGGCUGAGCGCAUGGUAAGAACAGCCAAAGAAUCCAUUGCGCGCUUAAUGGAGGGUAACUGGUCGGCUCGCAUUGCGCGAAUGUUAUUUUUGCAGCAUGCGACGCCGUGUACUGCGACGGGCAAGUCGCCAGCCGAGCUGCUCUUAGGUAGAAGACUGGUAACGGUGCUGGAUUAUGUCCACCCAGAUAAAAUGCCAAACCGUAAUUCAAGAGCAACCCCCCAGGCUGAGACUGACACAACAAGGUAUCUCGCCCCUGAAGAUCUGGUCUGGGUGAGGAACUAUUCACGUGGUCCGCGGUGGGUGGCCGGUGUGAUCACCCGGGCUAGUGGACCUGUGUCCUAUUAUGUGACCUUGGAAAAUGGGCAAGUUUGGAAGAGACAUAUAGAUCAGCUGAGGCGCCGGGCGCUCAGCAGGGAGGAGUCAGAUGCAGAGAAUUUACAGACUGAGGAUAAUUCAUCCCUGGCUAAUGACGCACAGCUGCGAGACCAGAGUGAAGAUGGCCCAGAGGUGCAGUCACCAGGGGCUUCAGCAAAUGAACCAGGGUCUGCUAGUCCUCAGGAUGACGAGGUACAGGUCGGGGACCCUGAGAUGUCUGGGACUCCAUCUGUUCCUGACGAAACCCCUAUAGCAGCCCCUCCACCACAGGUAACACCCAAUCCAGAACCUGCAACACCUGUUGUCAGGAGAUCAGGUAGAAGUUGUAGGACCCCACAGUACCUGAGGGAUUACGUCUGCUGUGCUCACUAGGGGGGGAGGGGUGUUGUGUAUUGAGUCAAAGGAUUUUAUAUCUGUAUUAUUAUUGUCUGUAUUUGCAUUAGGAUAAAGUAACUGCCUUUUGGUUCCAGAGAGUACAGCUACUAUUGGUUCAUUUAAGCUGCUGUAUUUGGAUCCACUGUCUUAUUGGUUUCCUCCAAAAGGCAGCACUGUGAUUGCUUGAUAUUGUUCCCUCCAAAAUGUAUCCCUUCCUAGCUAGUCCCCUGUCCCUAUAAAUGUAGCUUUCCUCUCCUCAGUCUUCAGUCUUGUUCACUUUAAUAAAGAGCUGUUACUAGAGAACUGUCUCCAGCAUGUUAUGUCAAGAGAGCUGAAAUCACAAACCCCACGUCACAACAAGCUCCUUGGGGAAUCGGAAUGCAAGUUUGGGCAGACCUAAAACGACAUCGCUUGUUAGGUGUAAGCACAAAGAUGGCAUGGGAUCAUUUAUAUCCUUUAAGAUUCAGCUGCUAAAGACAGCCUCGUAAAGAUGGCAACAAAAAAUUACAAACCUGUGUAAUGUUUGUUACGCAGGUUUGUAAUAUCAGCAUGAAGGCACUGAUAGUAGCCUCUGUUUCUAUGCAGUAGGGAGGAAGCCCUUACUCUGUGGCCAGCACAGAAACACAGGCUAUUAAGCAGCAUAGUAAAAAUAUUUGCCUUCUCCUAAGCUGACUGGCAGAGGAGCAGUGGAUUGCUACAUCUCUCCUCCGUUGGCCGCCUGCAUUUCCAUACCGGGUACAAAGAAAAGAAGGUUUCCCCUCCCCAGUAUACAGCAGGCUGAAUCUUCUGCCAGCCUCAUAUCCUUGUUGUAAGCUUAUAGGAGCGGGUGGCGCUGUGGUCUAAACCACUGAACCUCUUGGGCUUGCCGAUCAGAAGGUCAGUGGUUCGAAUCCCCACAAUGGAGUGAGCUCCUGUUGUUCUGUCCCAAUUCCUGCCAACCUAGCAGUUCGAGAGCACACCAGUGCAAGUAGAUAAAUAGGUAGCACUGUGGCAGGAAGGUAAAUGGCGUUUCCGUGCGCUCUCGCAGUGUUCCGUUACACCAGAAGCAAUUUAGUCAUGCUGGCCACAUGACCAGGAAAGCUGUCUGUGGACAAAUGCUGUCUCCCUCGGCCUAAAAGCAGAGAUGAGCACCACAACCCCAGAGUCCCCUUUGAUUGGACUUCACCAUCCAGGGGUCCUUUACCUUUACCUUUUGUAAAGUUGUACAUGCUGUAGCGUUAACAUUGCCUUUAAACUUUAGAAACCACCAAGCUGAAUGAGAUGCCAGCCUCCCCUAAUAUGCAGACAAACAUGAAAAUCAUUGCCCUAAACGACCUCGGCCCAGUACAACUGAAGGAGCAGCUCCACCCCCAUAGUUCAGCCCGGACGCUGAGGUCCAGCUCCGAGGGCCUUCUGGUGGUUCCUUCCCUGCGAGAAGUGAGGUUACAGGGAACCAGGCAGAGGGCCUUCUGAGUAGUGGCGCCCACCCUGUGAAACGCCCUCCCAUUGAAUGUCAAGGUGAUAAACAACUACCUGAAUUUUAGAAGACAUCUGAAGGCAGCCCUGCAUAGGGAAGUUUUUAAUGUCUGGUGUUUUAUUGAAUUUUUAAUAUUUUGUUGGAAGCCACCCAGAGUGGCUGGGGAGGCCCAGCCAGAUGGACGGGGUUUAAAUAAUAAAAUAUUAUUAUUAUUAUUAUUAUUUAUUUA